CAGCUAAAAGUCUCUUAGUUGCCAUUCCAAGAGAGCCUCUCGAUUCAGUUUCCCUUAAGCAGACGCCAAGAGUGCGGAUCACUGAUUUUCCGGCUUUCCGGCAACGUCGAAUGAUAACAGCUCCGUCGCACUCUAUUUGUAUCAGUGGGUCAUUCUUAUCGGGACUCACAACCCAAGUUUCCAAGCUUCUCUCUUCUCGGCUUUUGGCAAGCCAUUCCUCGGGCAUCUCCGCUCAGUUCGCAAUAGUCGCUCGCGCUGAAUGGUUCUAUACGAUUUGAGUGCUCCGAAAAUAUGUGGCGGUCACACGCUGCUCCUCUCGUGAAGUUUCUUCUGCUGGCGUUAGCGAUCGGGCCAGUCAGCUGUCUGAUCUGCACGCGUCGCCCGGCUAAUACGGCCACGCCCAAGUCGCCGGUGGACGAGAACUACGUGAUAAGCGUGUCGGGCAAUCCGGAAACGUACAUUCUCGGUCAGGAGUACAACGUUUCCUUGAAUGCCUUCAAUGGCCAUCGCUACAUCAGCUUUAUCCUAGCGCUGGAGAAUGAGAAUGGUGACUUCAGCUAUAAGGACGACUUGGGUCGAUUCGAGUUGAGCGAUAUGAUUGAAACCCGCUUCAAUCCCAACUGCAUCAAUAUGGUGGAGAACACCAACACGAAUCCCAAGACCCAUAUGCACUUGACCUGGGUGGCGCCCAGUGAGCCGGGUAGUGGUUGCAUCCUGAUUCGGGCCACGGUUCAGCAGCAUCGCGAUGUUUGGCAUAUGGAUGAUGGCGGAUUAACCCGACGCAUCUGCGAGGAGGUCGUAGACGAUGUGGAGAGCCAACCCACCACACCUUCGGUGGAUGUACCGUGCUGUGCCUGCGAUGAGGCGCGAUACGAGCUAAUUUUCGAGGGAGUCUGGUCAAGGAAUCUGCAUCCAAGGGACUUUCCGGCACGCGGAUGGGAGACCCGCUUCUGUGAGCUGGUGGGAGCUGCCCACAGCGCAGAUUAUCGCUUCUGGGAGGCUGGAGCCCUUGCCAGCGAGGGCAUCAAGCAAUAUGCGGAGCACUGUAGCUCCCGUCUUCUAGAGCGAGAGUUUAGCAUCAACUUUCGGGAUGAAAAGAUACGUACUAUAAUCAAGGCACGGGGUCCUUCAUUUCCCAACAUGAGCAGCAAGAGCAUGGCCUCGGUGCGAGUGGAUCCUCUGCAUCAUAUGGUGUCCUUUGCCUCUAAGAUAGAGCCAUCUCCCGAUUGGAUUGUGGGCGUCACUGGGCUGGAGCUGUGCCUGCGCAACUGCACAUGGAUGGAGGAGAAGGUCAUCAAUCUGUAUCCCUGGGAUGUGGGCACGGAUGCGGGUCCCAGUUAUACGUCUCCGGAUCAGCCACAAGUUCCUCCGGAUGUUAUCAGGCGAAUGCGCUCAGACUUUCCCAACGAUCCACGUUCGCCAUUUUACGAUGAAUCCGGAGCUCCAAUGAAGCCCAUGGCCAUUCUUACGGUGAAGCGCCAACGUAUUUACGAGCGCAGAUGUGCGGAUGAAGACUCUAACAACGAUCCGGAGCUGCCACGAGAGUGCCUUACCCAUCCCUGGUCCAGCUGGAGCGACUGCUCCUCCAAAUGUGGCGUGGGCAUGCAGUACCGGCGGCGUGUGUACAAGCAAGCUGAGCUGGCCAGGAUCUACAAUUGCAAUGUGGCACAGUACGAGGAGCGGGAGUGCCAGGGCGAGAUGUGUGGCCAGAACAGUCUAAUGCGGAUUGCGGGGGAGUUCGAGGAGCUAGAGCCCGGCCUGGGUAUUGGCGGCAAUGUCUAUCAACCUCAACACCAAGGACGCGCCGAAUGCCAGCUAGGCUCAUGGAGCAGCUGGAGCUCCUGCAGUGUGACCUGCGGCGACGGCUACGAGAUGCGCCAGCGACAGUAUCUCAAUCCCCAGGCGGAGGCCAAGUGUCAGAGUGUGCAUCGCAUGGAGUUGCAGGAGACACGCCGUUGUUCUGGACGAGCUUGCUUGGGUAAUCUACCCGGAUCAUACGGUGGUGAUGCAGACACUUCCUAUGGUGAGAUUUCCCGUGGAAGAAACCCGUACAGACAGGAACAACCGGAACCGGAGGCAGAGUCCUUUGGCGACUACGAUCAAACUGGUCUGGAUCGAGAUGGAGUCGUAGAUGGCUUCGAGGUGGGUAACCUCAAAGGCAACUUUGGCAACUGGCCAAGCAGCAGACAGACAGACAGACAAAUGCCAGAGGCAUCCUGGCAGUCAGAACGCCAGGCGAACCUUGCCAGGAAUCCGUCUUCCUACACGAAGCCAAGCUAUAAUGGCAACUACAGUCCGCCAGCUAGAACCGAGCGUCCCACUUGGUCGGGAAAACCAAGACCUAGUGAUCCUAGCCUGGAAGAUGUCGAACGAGCUCCGUGGCAGCGUCAGAGGCCCAUUGAUACCUACAAGAACCAAUAUGCAGGAAAUUUAGAUGGUCCAGAAGAGCCAUGGCCAAAGAUGAAUAGUAAUUACAACAUCCAGGGUGCGUACGCACCUGCAGGGGAUCUGGAUCCAUCGUUGUCCACCCGGUGCUUCCAGAUGCUCCAGACCGCGCAGCCCCGCUGCCAGAAUCAAACGAUCACGGGCCAGUUCUGGUUCUACAACUUUUGCGAGGAUGAGUGCAUGUUGUUCGCCACGGAUCCAUGCGAUCGGAAUGUCAACAAGUUCAGUCGGUGGGAGGAGUGCCAAAAGUGCCGCCAGCCGGAGAUGGCUGCGAUGCAGCGGGAGGCGAGUAACUCCCAGGAGUGCCGGAAUCUUCGAGCGGUUUGGCUGGCCGAGGAGCGGGCCAGGCAGGAGCAGCGUGUCGCGAGUAGGAGGCGCAACUAUGGCGGCUACAACAGGCAACGCGGUCGAAACUCACCCUACAAUCUAUAAACUUUAACCAGUAUAAGAACUAGAAAUUUAUAUUGUAAAUUUUACAAGAAACAGAAAAAUUAGGCGGUUAUAUUUUGAUGGCUCUUACAAUCGAAUUAUCGCUAUCGAUAACCUAUCGCGCUUUGUGACGUCACGAAAGUUUUCACAUGCCACCUGACACCGUGUUCGCCAUGGAAAACAGCUGACAGAUGAGAAAACAUUACUCAAUCAAAACAAUUUAAAUUGCCUUUAAAUCGUUCGCUUUUUGUAAAUUAAU